ACCAUAAGCACCAUGUGGAAAAAUCUGACAAGUUCCCUCUCCCCAUAAACAUCAUCAAAUUUGUCAAGAUGGUCGGGUCCAUACCAAACGACAUCUUUCAAUUCUCUACAGUCGCCGCUCUCAAGGCCGGCUUCAACCAAGGUCAACCACGAACAUCAGAUCUCACCUCACACGGCUCAGACGGCAUUGGUGUCUACGAAAAUGGCAAUCUCAUGAUGCUGAAAUCCGGCCAAGCCUUCACCAUCACCAAAGAGGGGAAAGCCAAACCAGCACCUGCAAACGCACGCCUUCCCCUCGCUCUAGUGACUGUUUAUGAGCCUAACUUCCGUAUCAAAAUACCGUCCAUAACCAUAGACGGCCUCGAGGAGCUCACUUCUUCCGAUGAAUUGGGACCUACAAAAGGUGUCAAUACGCUCAUGCCAUUCAGAAUAUUCGGCCGCUUCGAAUCGAUAGAGUUUGAACAUGGGCCUGGCCGCAACGCAAUCGAUGGUGUCAUUUUCGGUUUCAUUGUGCCGGAAUGGAUGAAGGCUAUCAGUGGACCGCGUAUUCAUGCACACUUUCUGGAUACGAGCGAGGAGGUUGGUGGCAGGGUGACGGACUUCCAGAUGGCGGAUCAGGCGUUGUUGGACUUUGCAAAGUGUGGGAGGUUUCAUUUGGGGUUUCCGCAGGGAGAGGAGUGGGAAAAUAUCAAGCUGUGAUGAAAGUUUUCGUACUGGAAUGAAUCGGAGACUUUGCAGAUGACACAAGAGAUUACAUGACGAGGAUAAUGAUAGGAAAUGAUACCGAUGAAGUAUGAUU